GGGCACUUCCGGUUUUGCAACCCGGGGAGCCGGCGGCGUUGGUCGGCCCUUUAGGGCCUUGCUCGGAAGCUCCGCCUUCUCUUGGGUCUUUCUAAAAAGACCAGCGUUGGUCGGGACCGAGUGGGACAGCGUCCCGGGCUCCUGCGUGUCUCCCAUGGCGGAUACGACCCCGAACGGCCCCCAAGGGGCGGGCGCUGUGCAAUUCAUGAUGACCAAUAAACUGGACACAGCAAUGUGGCUUUCUCGUUUAUUCACAGUGUACUGCUCCGCUUUGUUUGUCCUGCCUCUUCUUGGGUUGCAUGAAGCAGCAAGCUUUUACCAGCGUGCUUUGCUGGCAAAUGCUCUCACCAGCGCUCUGAGGCUGCAUCAGAGAUUACCACACUUCCAGUUGAGCAGAGCAUUCCUGGCUCAGGCCUUGUUAGAGGACAGCUGUCACUACCUGCUGUAUUCACUCAUUUUCGUCAAUUCCUACCCCGUUACAAUGAGUAUUUUCCCAGUCUUGUUAUUUUCUUUGCUUCAUGCUGCCACAUACACAAAGAAGGUCCUUGAUGCAAAGGGUUCAAAUAGUUUACCUCUGCUGAGAUCUGUCUUGGAUAAAUUAAGUGCUAACCAGCAAAAUAUCCUGAAGUUCAUUGCUUGCAAUGAAAUAUUCUUGAUGCCUGCUACAGUUUUUAUGCUCUUCAGUGGCCAAGGAAGUUUGCUGCAGCCUUUUAUAUACUAUAGAUUUCUCACUCUUCGUUAUUCCUCUAGAAGAAAUCCAUAUUGUCGGAACUUGUUUAAUGAACUGAGGAUUGUUGUGGAGCACAUUAUAAUGAAGCCCUCCUGCCCACUGUUUGUGAGAAGACUUUGUCUCCAGAGCAUUGCCUUCAUUAGCAGACUGGCACCAACAGUUGCGUAGUUUAACCUCUAGUUAAGCUGUGGGUAGAAGAUAGCAUUAGUAGCUGGUAAUUCAGAUAGGGGUCUCAAAUGACAGGUCUAACACCGACCUCAGUUCAAUUUACAUGAUUUACAUAAAUGCAUCUCAGUGCAAAAAUAAUCAUUUUCCUGGCAUGUUAAAUCAAGCCUUUAACAGUUUCUGAGAAAAUUGUACUGUAAACUAUUGUUUGUGGUUAUAUAAAUUUGUGUUUAGUGAUAAAUGUUACUAAAUUGUUUUAGAUGCUGCUAUGCCUACAUCAUGAAAUACAUUUAUUUCUUUUCAAAAGAAUUCUGAAAUUUGUUUCACCCCAACCAUUAACCCAAGUUAUGUCUGGAAUGAGUUCAUUGUGGUAAUAGAUGAAUUCAGUAUAUUUUGAGAGUAUUUUUUCCAUUCAGUAAUUUUGGUUGAGAUUUCCACAGAAGCACAUUCCCCUGUAGUUUGGUUUCACAUUUAGCUUGUGCUGCUUGGCUAGGACAGAUGUGUUUAGCCUAGUUCAGUUUCUUGACUCCAGUUUUCUUGGUUUCUUAGGCUUGAAAUGUCCUAGAAAUUUGCAGCAGCAGUUCUGAUGCCUUUGAAAGGAUGUGAUUGAAGAUUGAGCAUGUGAUUACACUUGUAUGUUCUGAAAUAAUGAAGACUAUUCUGUAGAUUACAUGUUUAUCCAGCAAAUGUGAUUCAAAAGGUUAAAUGGAAAGGUUUAUAGGUAAGGUAAUUAAUGGGGAAUAGUUGAGGGGGAUAAUGGGUGUUUCAGCCUGGUAAUGCAUACAUUAGUUUGGGAGGAUUGGAUGUAUAAUGCAUCUGUGACUGGGGCUGGAUAAUAUGUUCAAGUCUUUUAAUUGAGUUUCCAUAAAUUCCUCUAUAAAAGUCAUUUUGAUCCUUAUUACUGUUGCAUGAUUGGAAAUACUUAAAACAAUGCACAAUUUUAGUAUAGAGUAUUGUAAUGUUGUGGUCUUUUUUGUACCCAGUUCUCUUAUCUGCAUGUAAUUUGGAUUUCUCAAUAUAUUCAUUAGUAACUUGUAACAUCAGUUUUCUUUUUGUAAACAACUCCUAAUCUAUAGAAAGGUGAUAGUCUUGGGGUAGACUUCCAGAAAAUACUACAUGACAGCUUAGCUUUAACCAGCUACUUUUACAUUUUUAUAAUAUUUAUCUACCAAGUUGGAGAAGCAACUUGAUAAUAUCCUGUUGAUUUUUUUUUAUGUAUGUGCCUAGCCUCCUUAUCACUAUAUAUGUAAUCUAAUGGUUUUAAAAAUACAACUUUGUAGAGCAAUAAAGUGACUGUAACAUUAUGUAAA